CACUCACCAUGGGCUCAGCCGUCGAGCACUGAAGAACGGAAGCGGUGAAGGUUGUAUCUAGCCCUCGUGAGCGCUGUCUUUGGUCUUUUGUGCUGAAUCCAGCCAGGAUUCACAAAAAAACCUACGUUCAACAUUCACACAAUUGGACGACUAUUUUGCUCGUGGCUGUUCUCAGAGCAACCAAACCUGUUGGAACAUGAAACUUGUUAUAAUGCUUGAAAGGGAGCUGCACAGGUCCAUUGUUGCUCGUCCUUUUUUCUUCCGCUAUCAACUCGCAGGCUCGAGUCAUUUUUCCCCUAGACUGCAGGCAGUCUGUCGUUUUAAUUCAUUUGUAAAUUUGCUUUCUAGAGCGUUAUGUUUGCUCCAGCUAGCCUCACGGCCCUUUUGUUCAUUCUGCUAUCCCAAGAUGUAUCAGGAGCACCAACAGCAUCAACGGCUGUCGUAGGGCGGAGUAUGCCUAUUCGCAGGCUUAACCCUCUUUCACGGAAUCUCACGCUGGUGGCUCAGCGAGCGAGAAACCAAAGGGAUUUACUUGCUGUGAAGUAUAGCGGCCAGUCGCUUCAGCAGAGGGGUACUGGAUAUAACCUCAUCGUCAAUCAGGAAACUGAUACAGGUUACUAUGGAACCAUAGCAAUCGGGACGCCGCCAGUAUCCUAUGAUGUGAUUCUUGACACUGGUUCAUCUGAUCUUUGGUUGACCAGUUCUACUUGCGGAGCAAGCUGCGGAACCAGCCCUACAUACGAUCCUGCAAUGUCGUCUACUUUUCAAAAUCUUUCAACACCGUUUGAGAUUCAAUAUGGCUCGGGUGCAGUGGCUGGUUAUGUUGCUGAGGAGACUGUUCAGAUGGCUGGUUUCUCUGUGGCAAAACAAGGCUUUGGCGUUGUCGAUGCUCUUUCAUCAGCCUUCAACACGAACCCUGUAUCAGGAAUAAUGGGUCUUGCCUGGAGUUCGCUUUCUUCUACGCAACAGACGCCCUUCUGGCAAACUCUAGCUAGUGAUGGAAGUUGGGAUUCUGCGUUAUUCGGAGUGCAGCUCACACGCUACGGCAAUGUGUCUGGUGCAGCUCAAAACGAGCCCGGAGGUGUCAUUGACAUGGGUUACACCAACAGCAGUCUCUACACAGGGUCAAUUGAAUACCAUGAUCUUGUUGGAACACCGCAAUACUGGGAGAUUAACAUGAGCGAGCUGACUGUGCAGGGAAAUUCCAUUGACAUCGCAGGGAUCUCGACUGCUAUCAUCGACACUGGAACCACAGACAUUGCAGGCCCCGCCAGUGCCAUUGCGAGCAUCUACGCACAGAUCCCUGGAUCACAAGCAGGAACGGGUCAAUUAGAAGGAUAUUACACUUAUCCCUGUAGCACGACGGUGAAUGUACAGUUCAACUUUGGUGGUAACACUUGGUCAAUGAGCCCUGCGGACUUCACGCACUCCCAGGCCAGUACCACGGAGUGUAUUGGGGCUUUCUUUAUCUCCUCAAUCGGCCAAGGGGGUCCUUCAUGGGUCAUUGGCGACGCAUUCCUUAAAAAUGUUUACUCUGUCUUCAAGUACAGUCCAGCCUCUGUUGGUUUUGCUGCGCUAUCAGAGACUGCUAUCGCUCAGAAUGGUGUCAAAGCUGCCGUACCAUCCCCGACAAUCGGCGCUGUGACGGCUGUGACUGGUACUGUAUCGAGUGGUGCCUUGUCAAGUCGUCCUUUGAGUAUAUUGCUCUGUUUCUGGCUAGCUUCUACAUCGAUAGCUUUUUUGUUUUGGUGAUUUUGUUGAUACAGACAUUUGACAUAGUUAUACAUUCAUUGCAACGUGCUGGGGUUCUGGAUGUGUUAAUAUGGAUAUUUCACAUAAUUAUCAUCCGUUGAGAAGUUGCCACAAAAC